GCCCGCCCGGCGCGGCCGCCGCAGGACGCGCAGCCCCGCAGGAUCGCAGCCCCGCACCUCCCGAAUAUCAACCAGAAAGAAAUCUCUCAAGAUUGAGUCUUUUUCAGUAAAGAAAAGAUAAAAUGGCGUCAAUGUUGCUYAGUCGACAGCUGACCUGUUGCCUGCAGCAAAACUCCCGACUGCUGGUGUUUGGACACAGGUAUAUCAGUCAAGCUGCAGCUAAAAUUGACGUGGAUUUUGAUUAUGAUGGACCUCUGAUGAAAACAGAAGUUCCUGGGCCACGAUCUAGAGAAUUAAUGAAGAAGCUGAAUGGCAUUCAGAAUGCAGAAGCUGUGCACUUCUUUUGCAAUUAUGAAGAGAGCCGAGGGAACUACCUCGUAGAUGUAGAUGGCAAUCGUAUGUUGGAUCUCUACUCUCAGAUUUCUUCCAUCCCAAUAGGUUACAGCCAUCCCUCUCUGAUAAAGCUUUUACAGCAGCCACAGAACCUGAGCGCUUUCAUCAACAGACCUGCCCUAGGSAUUUUACCUCCAGAGAACUUUACAGAAAAGCUGAAGGAGUCUUUGCUAUCAGUGGCUCCUAAGGGUCUGUCACAGGUGGUGACCAUGUCUUGUGGAUCCUGYUCUAAUGAAAAUGCCUUUAAAGCAAUAUUCAUGUGGUACAGAAAUAAGGAGAGGGGCCAUAAUAGUGUCACAAAAGAAGAACUGGAAUCUUGCAUGAUUAACCAGCCCCCUGGCUGUCCCGACUAUGCCAUGCUCUCUUUCAUGGGCGGCUUCCACGGCAGGACCCUGGGUUGCUUAGCUACAACUCACUCUAAAGCAAUUCACAAACUGGACAUUCCCUCACUGGACUGGCCUAUUGCUCCAUUUCCAAGGUUAAAGUAUCCCCUGGAAGACUUUGUGAARGAGAAUCAACAGGAAGAAGCCCGUUGUUUAGAGGAGGUGGAAGACCUGAUUGUAAAGUACAGGAAAAAGAAGAAGAUUGUGGCUGGAAUCAUUGUGGAACCGAUCCAGUCRGAGGGUGGGGACAAUCAUGCUUCAGAUGACUUCUUCAGAAAGCUACGAGACAUUGCCAGAAAGCAUGGCUGUGCAUUCCUGGUGGACGAGGUGCAGACGGGAGGCGGCUGCACAGGAAAAUUCUGGGCACACGAGCACUGGGGCCUGGAUGACCCAGCUGAUGUGGUAACGUUCAGUAAGAAGAUGAUGACGGGAGGAUUUUUCCACAAAGAGGAGUUCAGGCCAAAUGCUCCCUAYCGGAUUUUUAACACCUGGCUUGGAGAUCCAUCCAAGAAUCUUAUGCUUGCUGAAGUCAUUAAGGUUAUUAAAACAGAAGACCUUCUAAACAAUGCAACCCACGCCGGGAAAGCACUACUGACUGGGCUGCUGGAUUUGCAGGCUCGUUACCCCCAUCUCAUCAGCAGAGUGAGAGGAAGAGGAACAUUCUGUUCAUUUGACACUCCAAAUGAUGCAACUAGAAACAAGUUAAUUACAAUAGCCAGGAACAAAGGUGUUGUUCUGGGAGGCUGUGGAGACAGAUCCAUUCGUUUCCGUCCGACGCUGAUCUUCAAGGAUCACCACGCGCACCUCUUUCUGAACAUUUUCAGUGACAUCUUAGCAAACUUCAAGUAAAAAGCAGUUCCCUCGCACCGAACAGCUGAUUAUGAAAUUAGUUUGCAUUAAUUCAUGUCUUCUUUACUUACGAGAUAAGUGUAAAGUCAUAAACUGAGGUUUGUGUUCUGUCUGUAAUCCUGCCCAAGGCAAGCUGCUCCAUGCACACGCGCCCCAGGCAGAGCAUUGGCACUGGUCACCAGCAGGUACAUGCAGCUGUCCCUCACUGUGCAUUCCCUAGAAAAUGUGGCCUGGUGCAUUCCCYAGAACCUCCCUCUUCUGGCCUGGGCCAUGUUAACAGCCGAGUCCUCCCUACAGCCAUGUCCCUGACUCUCCACUGUCUGAACAGGACCUGGUACAGUCUGUUUUCACAGGUGACCCUGGUAGAUUUGCGUCCAGAAGCAGCAACAACCGUGGCCAAACGCUCAGAGUCRCUCACCUGCCACGCUGAAAGUGCCAUUCUCUAAUGGCAGCUGGAAUAGAAUCAGUGUUUCAAGGAAAGCUCUGCUUUCCACCACUGCCAAGCACAGUAUUUUAGAGUAAUUUCCAGCUUUAUUCCCUCGAGUACAGGCUUCUGCCAYACCAAGUGGAUCAGGGCACUGUCAGCUCUGCCCAGCCUGCACUCACUGCUUCAGGGGCUCUGGUGCCCUCAGCCACAUGUGCAGCACUGCAAGUGGCACUGAAGCCCUUGUCCUUUUGUCCUCAUCAUGGAUGAGUUUUAAAACUUUUGACUUCUCUUACAAGCAGACUUGUAUAGAGAAAACCCUACCCUGACGUAUGUGAUUUGACAAAGCUUAGAGAACCAUGYAAAGCACAUUCUUCCACUUCUGCCAGCAAUCUUAGAAUGAUUCCAGAUUAUUUUACCAUUUGCCCAGAACACACAAUAGCCAUUAAUUUAUUAGUACAACUUCUACAUGAAUACUUGAGGUAUUUUGUAAAACUAAAGCAGAAAUGCUUAWUCUUAGCCAUUAUCUGGUAUCAGAGCCACUACAGUGAAGGCCUAGUCCUGACUGCACAUUUAUAAUGCAAAGURAUUCUAUUUUUGUUCUAAUAGUAUAUUCUAAGUCAUUGAUACUUCAGAGAUCUUCUAGAAAGCCACAGAAUCAAAAAAAUGUGUCAACAGUUCAUGAAUUUGUUUCUCUUCAGAGAAUUGUUUUGGAUGUCUCUUUACUGUUUGCUGAAGGCUGACUUGAACUAGACCUGGUGCCUUUUUCUUUUUCUUGGUGAGCGUCUGGAUUUUGUUUACUAAGUUUUAACUUUUUGUUGUGCACCAAAACAGGGACCACAAUGGACUUUACAGUUGCCCUAUUAGGACCUGACCACAAUUUUUAAGUACAUAAUAAAAGAGACAGAGAAGUUAAAAGAUUURCAUGUUUAAUACAGAUACCAAAAUGUGAAAAGGUUCCUUACCUGCUUUGAGAAGUGUUAAUCAUGGUUUUCCCAUUUUAAAGUACUGGUAUUGGGAAACACGAGUCACUUCUGCCAGCUUAAACCCAGUGAGAUUUCUGCAAACCUCUGCAGAAAGCAGAAUUCUGGUACCAGCUGGGCAGAACCUGAGCAGGUUUUUGAACAGAGGUUGUAGAAAUCUGGGGGAAAGUAAAAAUUGGU